AUGGCCGCGACGAGGCUCGACAGCCGCGCGUUGAUGGCCGCGAAGAUCGACCGAGCAUCCGCCAGUCCCCCUGCUCCUGCCACGCCGAGCUUGUCCGCGCUUCUACACGCGGAUCAAGGAGCGUCUGUCUUGAGCGAGGCUCGCACGAGCGACCGCUCCACCCCGUCGCCACGGGCGGCGGCGGCGGAACCGUCGCUGGACGAGCCCCGGCGCAUCCCUGACUUCCUCCUGUCAAUGCGCCGCAGUUCGAACGUCGCACUCACGCGCACCAAGAUCGCGCAGGGCGAAUCAUUCGCCAAGGGCCCCGAAGGCAUGCUGAGCGCUGGCGGACCAUCGGAAGCCGAUCUUCGCGGCCAGGCUCCCAGCGGCGCCCACAACUCGGCACCCGGCCCUGAUCAGUUCCCGUGCAACGCCUGGUCGGGCGUCGAGGACAGCUUCGACCUGCUCGAGGGCGUCGCCUGGGACGUCUUCGAAUCUGGCCACGACCGAUCGCUCUCCCGCAUCAUCACCCCGAAGUGGCCGGAGCCCGACGACCUGGUGUUCUGCGUUCGGGGGGCGGGCGCCCCCUGCCCCAUCGCGCGCGCAAACACUGGUGCCAAAACCAUCUCGCCCGCGAUCAAUCACCAGGUGGCCAAGCAGGCCCUCGACGAGCGGCUGUUCAACGAGGUCGAGUCAUUCAUGUCCGUCGCAGUGCUGCAAUGGGAGGGCGCGCCAAUCAAGGGCGCCCGCAAGCACGCAGGGUUUGAAUUGUGCCCAGAAGCAGAGUUUAUCGUUCAGCGCCGCUUCCUGGUGAUCAACCCCCAGCCGAUCGACACUCCUGCCCGACUGCACAGUUAUUUUGAGGUGCGCGUUGGCAUUGCUUUGCGCGAGCCGCGCCAGCACAUCCACGGCACCGUGUUUGAGCGGCUCGCCUUGGGCCCCGCCAAGAGCUACACGGGGGAGGGCACCGAGCGUUCGAUGGUCGCGGCUGACCGCUCCAUAGUCCUCGCCCACUACCACUACCUCGAGAUGAAGAGGAUCGGCUCGACCGCCGAACACGACAAGUUAAGGAUUGGAGAAAGGGAGCAGUACCCAUGCACGCCUUCCGCCGUGGACGGGCCGAGCUUGAGCGGGCCCGUACGGGCCCACAGGCCUAUGGUCGCGGUGAGCUCGACUUGCAGCUCGCUCUCACUAGCAGAUCCUUACAGGCGAUCGCCGACGCGGCCGUGGCAUUGCGCAUCCACUUGGCCGCUGCUUGGGUACGGAUCCAACUUCGAGCUGCUCCAGUUCGUGUACGACCUGAACCUCUGGGCGACGCUCGGUGCGAAAAAGAACCUGGGGCUCGACAACGCGCCGAUGCGGAUGCUCAUGAAGGGCCAUACCUUCUCGCCGCUCUACUGGAAGGAGGUGCACAAUGCCCUUGUCGACCUCGUGCGCCAGGUGGGCUUCCCGAAGCUGUUCUUCACCAUUGCGCCGUGGGAGCCGUGCUUCAAGUACCACGACUGGCUGCGCGAUGAGAUGGAGAAGACAUUGCGGACCCGCAUGUACCUCCCCGUGGGCGAAACGCUGCACAUGUCGCACGUGCUCAUGCAGAUCGUCCGAGGCAUGCUGGCGGGCAACAACUACCAGAUGAUGGACCGCAGCAACCGCAGCUGGACACAGCACGUGUUCGCCGCGAAGGACGCCGACGGCAGACAGGUUCGCGUCCAGAGUUUCACGAGACUGGAGUUCCAGGACGGGAGCCGCAAGGAGGGCACGAAGCGCUACGACGGCUCCGGCCGGCCGCACCUGCACGUCCUCUUCUUCGCGGACGACGACUCCAUGGCGAACAUGGGAUUGGAGCACCACCUCUUCGCGACCCAGCCCGAUGGCUUCUCGGAUGACCUGAAGGGUUACGUGGACGGAUCCCAGUUCAACAAGCACGGCGAUGCAGAGAGCAAGUGGCCGAUAUACCAUGGGCCGUCGGGGGUGCACGGCGACGAUGGUGUCCUCCAGCUGAAGCACACCAGGGAGGACCACGACGCGGGCCUCCGAGCGUACUGCGCUGACGUAAUGGACGGGCUCCCUUGCCAUCAGGACUGGCAGACCAGCGACGGGGAGGCCAUGCUCUUGCAAUACGUUUCCAAGUAUGUGGCGAAGUUCUCGGACAGCAGCUACGACGAGUGGAUGAGCGACAGGGCCUCCGCGGACAGCGUGGCCAGGCGCGUCUGCUUCGAGUGCCACCCCUACGAGCCAGAGAUGAUCCUGCAGCUGUGUGGAGCGCAAUUCAGACAGUACGACAUCUCUACUGUCAGCGGCGGCUUCCGCACCGCGACGGCGCCUUACUCGGGCAUGGCGGAGGUGCCCGAAUGGGUCCAGAGGCAUGCUGAUUGCUCAUGGCGCCACGAGGGCAUGACGCUCAUGGAUUGGCUUCGGAAGACUACCGACGACGGCGCCAUCGUUGGGUGGCUGAAGCGCAAACACAAGCAGGAGCUGGCGCUGGCCCUGCACAGGCGGUACCGCGCGACCGUGCCCGACGGCGAGGAGCCCCAGGCGCUCGACGCUCACUGGCGCUUCCUGCGCGCUGAGUACAAAGGCAUGGCCGAUGCCGAUGGCGGAGAUGGCGGCAACAGCGACGAAGACUCCGACGCCGAAGACGUGGAGCAGCCGAAGACCUUCGAGGAGUUCCUAGCGAAGAAGCACAGAGACGAAAAGAGCGAGGGCGAGGACGACUUUCCGAAUCUCAAGGAGUUCGCGCGAGCCUACCGCAUGCAGGGCGAGAAGGUGGUCAGCGUCGACACGGUAUACGAGCUCAACGACCGCUACUACGGCCAGUGGGCUGCAAUGAACGUGCCGUUCCGAUCGCUCGACGAGCUCGAGUUCGAGGAUGUCAAUCGCCUGGUUCCGCAGAAAUACAAGUAUCUCGCGGCGGCGCUGCGACUGUGCUCCGACCAGGGCCGCGUCGCUCAAGAGCACCAUGACUUGUUCACCGAUGACAGGCGGCUCAUGGACUACAUGAGCGCUUCAGCGAAGUCCAGCAAGUUCUCCGAGGCUGUGCAUCACAUGAUCGUGGGCCAGCGGAAGCUCAUCAACAUGUACCUGACGGGCAUCAUCGACAAGGCCGACGAGAAGGCCGCGGCCGACGCCGAGGCCGCGGUCAUCGGCAGCCGCAGGCCAGCGCGCGGCGAGGGACAGGAGGAUGUCGACUUCAACCCGAAGCAGCUGCAGCUGGAGGAGGCGAUCAGCGAGCGCGUGGACCGUGCCGCGCGAGCGGAGCUGUCGGGGGACUGGGAGGAGGCCGACGAGGCGCGCGAGGAAGCGCACAAGAAGAACACGCCAGUCAUCUGCCUUGGGAAGCCUGGGACGGGGAAGACCACCGUGGUAAAGUCCUGCAUUCGGCGCGCCCAGGAGCAAGGCGCGCGCGUGCUCUUCGCCCUCCCGACGGCGCAGCUGUCCAGCCGCACGAAGCAAGCACUGCAAGGCCUGGAGGGCCUAACGGUGGACACGUGCCACGCCGCAUUCAAGCUGCACGAUCCAAUCACAGAGAGUCUUCACAGGAUGACGGACUUCGACUUGGUGGUGGUUGACGAGGUAUCGCUGCUGAGUUGCGAAAGCUUCGAGCGCAUCCUGAAGCUGUGGAGCGUCGCGGGGAAAGUCCCCGCGCUGGUCUUCCUCGGAGACAAGCACCAGCUCCCUGGGGUCGAGCCGACACGUCCGUGGGAGAGUGCCGCAUGGAAGCAGCCGCGCUGCUUCCACGUGAAGCUCACCGAGACCUGGCGGUGCAAGGAGGAGCGCUUCCAGGAGAUCCUGGACGAGCUUCGGACAGACAAGCCUUCGAAGGAGACGUUCCGCAAGAUUGUGCGCGAUCACAAGGCGUGGAAGAGCAGAGGCGAUCCCACGCCCGCCGAAAUGAAGAAGCUCUUCGAGAAGCACCCAGACACGCGGAUCGUCACCUGCACGCACAGGGGCGCUGCGGCCGUGAACGAGGCUGCAGUCGCUGCGCUGUACGGCCGCAAGACCCCGCUGGCCACGCUGGACGGCGACGUGGAACUCAACCCCGAGAACUUCCUGGAUGGCAAGCUUCGCACUGACCGCCGUCUGGUUCCAAGCAAAGUGCCGAUCUAUAAGGGGAUGAAGUUGUACCUGACGAAGAACAAGAACAACGGAGGCGAGCACGCCGAGGUGACGAAACACCACUGGCCAUCGCUCGCUGGACCGAUCGCGAGAAGGGCAACGCGGACCGUGGGUACGCCAACCAUAGUGCAAGGCGACGAGUUCCCCCACAUCACUAUAUACCUGGACGGAUGGCCUCGACCAGCAGCGGGGUAUACAGCGCUCAGCCGUGUCGCGACGUCGGACGACUACCUGAUCGGCGGCUACGUGGAGCGCGACAACUUCAUACCCGCGUUCUGA